AUGGCAGGUCGAAAGACCCCUCCGUCUGGGGAGGUCCAUAUCUGGGUCAAGGACACCAAAGAUCUGCCCCAGUUACGUCCCUCCGGAGUGGGCUCCUUUGUGAAAUGCUACGUUCUUCCAGACACCAGUAAAAAGAGCUACCAGAAGACCCUCAUUGUACAGAGGGACUCCAACCCAGUGUUUAACCACACCAUCGUGUACGACGGCUUUCAUACAGAAGAUCUGAAGGAUGCCUGUGUCGAGCUGACCGUCUGGGAUCAUGAGAAACUGACCAAUCACUUUCUGGGAGGGAUCCAGCUGGGACUUGGGACAGGCUCCAGCUAUGGGAUUGCCGUUGACUGGAUGGACUCCACACAAGAGGAGGUCGCAUUUUGGCAGGAAAUGAUGACCACGGCGAAUGAAUGGAUUGAAGCGUCCCUGCCUUUGCGCUCUCUGGCUGGAAAAAGGAAGCUGAAAUGAACAGCUGGCAGCAGCCCACAGAGGAACGGAGAACCGUUUACACAGAGAAGAGGGCCAAUGCAAAGCUGGCUGACCUCAGGAUUGCCUGUGCAAUGCACUUCGAAAGGACAAGGUAUUAUUACUCAUCCCAAGAGAGGACUGAGCGGAUUUUACAUCCCAGCUAGCUGAAAGACCUGCUGCUCGUCACCUCUCCAUCAUCUAGACCUUAGAUUUUAUUCGACUUUGGGUUUGUACCCAGAGAGCAGGGAAGAAAUGGUGUAAAUAUGUUUAUAGUUUAUUUUAUUACAGUGUCCAUGAUGCUG